UCUCAUCCAUUCGUUCAUUUCAUUUGUUUUCGAACUUUUCGUUCGGAUGUAAAUAAAACGGAAAUCCAUUUGCAUCUUCAAUUUGUGCAGUGAUAUUUGUGUGAAAUAUGGCUCUUUUCCCAGGAGCCGUUGCGUUCGACGAAUAUGGACGCCCAUUUAUUAUUUUACGUGACCAGGACAGGCAGAAAAGGCUUACCGGUAUCGAUGCCUUGAAGUCGCACAUCUCGGCAGCCCGCCAGAUCUCGGGCAUCCUCCGUACGUCCCUCGGCCCCCGUGGCCUGGACAAGAUGAUGGUGUCGUCGGAUGGCGAGGUGACUGUCACCAACGACGGAGCUACCAUCCUGAAGCUGAUGGACGUGGAACAUCAGAUCGGCAAGCUGAUGGUGCAGUUAGCUCAGAGUCAAGACGAUGAGAUUGGUGAUGGGACUACCGGCGUCGUGGUUUUAGCAGGUGCUCUGCUCGAGCAAGCGUCCAACCUCCUCGACAAGGGCAUCCACCCCAUCCGCAUAGCAGACGGCUUCGAGCUCGCCGCAGCCACCGCUCUGGCCCACCUCGACUCCAUCAGCGAGGCGUUCCCUGUCAACAAGGAUACUAGGGAGCACCUGAUCAAGGUUGCCAUGACGACGCUAGGCAGCAAGGUUGUGGUGAAGUGUCACCGGUUGAUGGCUGAGAUUGCUGUUGAUGCGGUGCUUUCAGUGGCAGACUUGGAGAAGCGCGACGUGAACUUUGAGCUGAUCAAGGUUGAAGGGAAGGUGGGCGGCCGCAUGGAGGACUCGAUGCUCGUCCGCGGCGUUGUCAUCGACAAGACCAUGUCGCACCCGCAGAUGCCUAAAGUCCUCAAGGAUGUGAAGCUAGCCAUCCUAACCUGCCCGUUCGAGCCGCCCAAGCCGAAGACGAAGCAUAAGCUGCAGGUGGGCUCGGCCGAGGAGUACCGCGAGCUGCGACAAUACGAACACGACAAGUUCCUCGAGAUGGUCAAACAAGUCAAGGACGCCGGCGCGAAUCUUUGCAUCUGCCAGUGGGGCUUCGACGACGAGGCCAACCACCUGCUGCUGGCUGAGAAGCUGCCCGCCGUCCGCUGGGUGGGUGGCCCGGAGAUGGAGCUUAUCGCCAUCGCUACCGGGGGCAGGAUCGUGCCGCGCUUCGAGGAACUCACCCCGGACAAGCUCGGACGCUGCGGCCUCGUCAGGGAGCUCACAUUCGGCACGUCCAAAGAGGAGAUGCUGGUGAUCGAGCAGUGCUCCAACUCGCGCGCCGUGACGCUGCUGAUGCGCGGCGGCAACCGCAUGAUCGUGGACGAGGCCAAGCGGUCCGUGCACGACGCGCUCUGCAUCGUGCGCAGCUUAGUGCAGGACGCGCGCGUGGUGUACGGCGGCGGCGCGGCGGAGACGUCGUGCUCGCUGGCCGUGUCGGCGGCGGCCACGCGCGUGGCGUCGCUGGACCAGUACGCCUACCGCGCCUUCGCCGACGCGCUCGACGCCGUGCCGCUCGCGCUCGCUGAGAACAGCGGUCUGUCCCCAAUCGACGCGUUGUCGGAGAUCAAGGCGCGGCAAGUGGCUGAGAACAACCCCAACCUCGGCAUCGACUGCAUGUCUAAAGGUUCAAACGACAUGAAAGCCCAGAACGUGAUAGAGUCCCUCCACUCGAAGAAACAGCAGAUUGCGCUCGCCACCCAGCUGGUCAAGAUGAUCCUGAAGAUAGACGACGUGCGCUCGCCCGCGGACUCCAUCGAAUGAGGAGAUGGCUUCACGAGAUAACGCUAAAUAGUCUCAGCUAGAUUAACUUUGUAUUAAAGAUAAUUAAUUUAAAUCCUGAAAAUAUAUCAAAUUCUCUACGCAAAAAGAGUUUUUAUAACUUAGGGUUCCGAAGUCAUCAAAGCAAACAUUUGCGCAUAUAAAGUGCGCAAUGUCCACAAAUGUCAAAUAGCGAUAUUUAUUUUUAAUGAAUUGCUUUAGUAUGGCUGUUUCAGCCGCCGUGUAACUUCAUUCUUUCGUCUUUAACGCGACACACAAAUAUUACAAGUAGAAGUGAUUUGGUGUGCCACCAACUUAAUCUGGCAGGAUUAUAGUCGCCAGUACUAUCGAUAGUAUUAAUGUAAAUGAGCUAUCGAUAGAAUAAAUGGUUUUGAAGGUCGACAAUACGGUAACGCUGCAAUAUCAGCAUCUGAUCACUCCAUCAAUAUCCCUGCUCCACGAAGCUGCUCCACUGCGGGUUGGUGGACAAAAAAAAAUAUCUAUGGACAAUAUUUAUUUGAAACCAACGCUACACUCACAAAUUGUUAUGUAAACUAGAUUUGUAUUUUAAUUCAGUAUAUUAUUAUUAAGUUGUUAAUUUCGCUAUGCAUUUGGAAGUGUCGCUUCGCCGUUGUAGGGUUAAACCCCAGAAAGUGAAUUAUAGUCAAAUCAGGGUUCAAAAAGGCCCAGUAACUAGAAAAGGCUCAUUUUACAAUGGCGGAGCAGAGGGGAGUCUAGACAUCUAGACUUGUGAUGUAUGCCUUAUUGCACUAAUAAAAUAAUUACUAAUUUA